AUGGACUCUGAACUGAACCAGCGGCGGGCGUAUUUUGUCCACAGAAGUUCGUCUCUGGAGGAUUCGAUCAUCCUGGUCGUUGCCGCCAAUGGAUCUGACAUAACCACGAUAUCUGUGGAGAAUGAUCUCUGGCAGUGGGAAACACGGACCCUGGGCCAGGGCUUCGGGGCGCUGGACGCAGAAGAUGUCCUUGCUGGUUUCUGUCAGAGGAUACUGCUGGGCAUCACAACCACCCGCCCGACACUGCUGCUUGCCUCCGCCUUGACACAUCACCUCUUCAAGGCAUAUGACGGCACCAGAGCCUUCUCCUGUAUGAAUCUACCGUUCGGCAUCCAGGGGAUCCAAGAGCUUGACUGGAAAAAGCAAAACGAUGAGCUCUUCGCCUUGCGUCGAGCCUUGAAGAAGCGAGUAUUAGAGGAAGGCAGUCAGGUGGUUCACGAAAAGCACUUUGACGACAAGGGCAAUGAGUUGCUUUGGAUGAGCUUCUACGUACCGUUCCUCAGUGUCAUCGAUCGGUCAAUGCUGAAGGACCGCGGCCUGGUCAAGUACCAGUUCCACGUAUUCAAAACCGAGCUUCCCUGGGAGCUAGUUGCCUUUCAAAUGUUUGUGAACGUUGAGAGUCCCGCCUUCAAGAGAGAAUUCGUGAAGAAAGACCCAUAUGUGAGCGUCCAAACCUCGGCUGCGAACUGA